ACGGAGCAGACCAACCUCCAAAGGCCCUCCAAAGGCCCCAAUUGCCCCAACAAUUCCAGCCCGCGCCCCGCCAACUAAUUGGACCAAGCGAGCACAUGCCCCGCGCUGCCAGCAACAACCUAGGAGCCCGGGCAGUCUACAGGCGGCAUGUGCCUCCAGCAGCGGCUCCUCGUCAUCGCACACGACUGGACACGGCUGGACUUCGUGAAGCUGCGUUCGUUUCGACUCGGCGUCGUGACUUCCUUUGAAUAGACCUCUCGUUGGCCCCCCCUGCCGUUGUCGUUUCGAAACCCAUCCAUCUACCUAUCUGCCUGGACGUCCCCAACAACGAAUCACCUAUCUUGGAAUCCGUCUUCACUGACUGAACGCGCCGACUGCGGCUCGCAAUCAAGAAGGAUGAAAGACCCUUUUGUACUACCACCCGUACCCUGGUUGUCGAACCUGGUGCAACCUUGGUGUGAUUCGCUAAACCUAACGACGCUGCCUCUCCACGUACACGAAAUCAUCGCCUCAGCCUUACUCUACACGGUCGUAUUCUGGCCAAUAUCGCCCAUCGUAUCAAAGAUCCUGGCCCCUGAACACUAUGGCAAACUAUCCCGCAAAAAACGACUGAAUUGGGAUGCGCAUGUCGUCUCCAUGGUACAGAGCUGCCUCAUCAACGCUCUCGCCAUCUGGGUGAUCUGGGCAGACGAUGAGCGCAGAGCGAUGUCAUGGGAAGAACGCGUCUGGGGUUAUACAGGGGCGUCUGCAAUGGUGCAAGCCAUGGCCGCCGGAUACUUCGUGUGGGAUCUUUUCGUAACGAGCCUCAACUUGGAUGUCUUUGGCUUGGGGACGUUGGCGCAUGCCGUCGCCGCCCUUUUGGUCUACUCCUUAGGCUUUCGGCCUCUUGUCAACUAUUACUCCUGUGUCUUCAUACUGUGGGAGCUUUCGACCCCAUUCUUGAACGUCCAUUGGUUCAUGGACAAAGUCGGGAUGACGGGCAGUCGUGCGCAGUUAUACAAUGGUGUUCUUCUCCUAGCGACAUUUGGGAUCUGCCGCCUGGUCUUUGGCACCUGGCAGUCUUAUCUGGUGAUGAAGGACCUUUUGCUCGCCGUCAACGCAUCUCCCACCUUUGAGAAAGAGGGGCUCGCAACCAUGAUGUAUGUUGACUCGCACACAACAGCGCCAUGGUGGGCGGCGGGUGCGUACCUGCUGAGUAACUUGACUCUCAACGGCCUCAACUUCUACUGGUAUUUCGCGAUGAUUCGCGCCGUCCGCAAGCGUUUCGAGCCCACCAGGGAGCAUGGUCUGGUCACUGAAGCUGACCUCGACCUGUCGACUGUUGGGACAGGUGUUGCCGAAAAGCAACAGGCUCGACGCCGGAAAGCUUAGGCAUGUCACCGGUAGGCUGCAAAGCUUUUGGUGGAGGCAAUGCGCCUGCGGAAUGGAUAUCCACGACACUCUUUGAGCAAGCAAGAGCGCAGCCAUAUGGUGUCAAGACCUCUGGCAGGCAGUUGCUGGAGGCUCCAAAGGGCCCCUACAAGACAUGCCACUGCCAGGGCCACAAAUGCCAGACAAUUGGAGAUUGCACGCGUGGUUCAAUGCGAAUGGAUUCUAAUUAGCGUGGCGCUGCAUGGUGCCGUACGGCAUUACGGAUAGAACGACAGGAUAU